CUUCUUCCUCAGAGAGACGCCUCAACCCCCACCCCACCACCCACGAGCAACACGCAGCCACAAUCCCAUCCCACUCCACGGUGAGGUUGAGCGAUCUGACGAGCCCUUCAGCAGCAGCAGCGACGACGGCGGCAGGUUUGCUCUCUGAACUUCUCUGGUCUUUUUAGCGGCAGCCAGCAGGAACACACAGGAAACCAAGGUCCCGUUCAAGGGGUUCGCUUCUUCUGGGAUUAUUAGAUCGGAAGAGGCGCUCUCCUCUUGCUCGGGAUCUUCUUGAUUUCUUGCCAACCUCACCACUCUCCUAGGAGGAACAGAGAGAUCCAGAGAACCUUUUUUCUCUCCUGGAUUCUUGCCCUUUUUCAGCCUUGUUUUGCUUCGGUACGGCCGGAAAGGGUUCUUUUGCAAUACCCUUCUAGUUCGUCCGAUUUAUUCCCCUCGUUUCUCUAAUUUUAUUGAGGAACAGGGCCCUUUUUUUUCUUUCUUUCUGCUUGCACGAGAAAGCUUCCUUUUUUCCAUUCCGUUUUUGGUUCGGCCUUCUCGACAUCACCUUCUUCUUCUACCUCUGUCCAAGCCCUCAUGGCCGCUGCCAUAGACAUGUACAAGUACAACACCAGCACGCACCAGAUCGGCUCCGCCGCCUCUGCUUCGGAUCAGGAGCUCAUGAAAGCACUCGAACCUUUUAUCACGAUUGCUUCCUCCUCUUCCUCUCACUACCCGUACCAGUACUACUCUUCUCCCUCCAUGACCCAAAAUUCAUACAUGGCCACCCCAUCGUCGUCCUACGCCUCCUCGUUCGCAGUCUCUCCUCUGCCCACCACCGCGCCCGCCUCGCCGUCUUUCUCGCAGCUUCCGCCGCUCUACUCCUCGCAGUAUGCCGCUUCGGGCAUGAACGGAUCCAUGGGGCUGGCCCAGCUCGGCCCGGCCCAGAUCCAGCAGAUCCAGGCCCAGUUCUUCGUCCAGCAGCAGCAGCAGCAGAGGGGCCUGGCUGGUGGCUCGUUCCUUGGGCCGCGCGCGCAGCCGAUGAAGCAGUCCGGGUCGCCGCCGCGCGCGUCCGCCGCGGCGCUGGCGCUGGCCGGAGUGGCGCCCGCGCAGUCCAAGCUGUACCGCGGCGUGCGGCAGCGCCACUGGGGCAAGUGGGUGGCGGAGAUCCGCCUCCCCAAGAACCGCACGAGGCUGUGGCUCGGCACCUUCGACACCGCCGAGGACGCCGCGCUCGCCUACGACAAGGCCGCCUUCCGCCUCCGCGGCGACCUCGCCCGCCUCAACUUCCCGUCGCUCCGCCGCGGCGGCGCCCACCUGGCCGGCCCGCUCCACGCCUCCGUCGACGCCAAGCUCACCGCCAUCUGCGAGUCCCUCGCCGCGCCCUCGUCCAAGAACUCGGAGCCGGAGUCCCCCAAGUGCUCGGCGUCGACGGAGGGCGAGGACUCGGCGUCCGCCGGGUCCCCGCCGCCGCCCACGCCGCCCGUCCCGGAGAUGGAGAAGCUGGACUUCACGGAGGCGCCGUGGGACGAGUCGGAGACCUUCCACCUGCGCAAGUACCCGUCCGUGGAGAUCGACUGGGACUCCAUCCUGUCGUGAACAGCAAGCAGCUGCUACUACUAGUACAGUCUUCGUUAAGCUCCGUAGCUAUGAUGUAAUCUCUCCUUGGAUCGAAUCGGCGGCUGCUCUGGCCCGACGGCAUUUUAGACGUCGGCCAUGGCUGCUGCGCGUAGCAGUAAUUAACUAGUAGCAGUAAGUAAGUAGCCAGUGGUGUUUAGUAAGAUCGUUGCUACUACUACGUGGUGUAAUUGAUCUCCUGGUCGACCUGCCGGCAGUUUUUUUCACGGCAAGGCGGCCAGUCGAGAGGUGUAAUCAUGUUUACCCGUUGAAAGAAUUGCACUAGCUUAUGUAACCA